GCUUAUGUUUAUGUUUCAUUUAAUACUGUUUGAUGGUGUUUAAUGGUGCUAAAAUUUCUAUGCUUGGGUUAAAAUAAUUUUUAAACAAUAAACUAAAACGGACUUGUCAACCAUUUAAAAAAUAUUUACUUACAGUUUUAAAGAAAUGUCUAAUAGAAGUUUUCCUAUUUGCAUUGAGUGUCAAAAAACUGAAACUCUUCUUUGGAGACAGUCGGAAAAUGGAGAAGGCGAGAUUUGUCAAGAAUGUUACGAAAAAAAGGAAACAAAGAAUUCGAAUGAUAAUGCUAGUUUAGUAGAGUUUGAUAAAAUAACUGAAGACACAAAAAGUAAAUCACACAGAAUACUUGGAGAAGGCAAGCACGUCGCAGUGGCAGAAGAAAAAAAAAUUCGCAAAAGUACCCGAUCAACUCGAUUUAAAGCGAAAAGUUGUACUCAACCUAAUAAUAUUACUUCGAACAGCUGUUACGUUCAAAACACAUCGAAUAAUACCAAAGUGCAAAGCAAAGGACGUAGCAGGCGUAAUAUUUUCAAAAAAAUACCUUUAAAAACACCAGUUGCACAAGCUACUACGCACGUUGUGGACAGCGUAUUUUACAAAGGAACUUAUCUUCAAGUCGGCGAUAUUGUAUCCUUAAUGGAUGAUAAGCGCAAUAUUUACUACGCCCAAAUACGUGGUCUCUUAGUUGAUAACUAUUGCGAAAAAUCUGCUUAUCUUACAUGGCUUGUUCCUACGCAAGCAAGUCCCGACCCACGCGAUGGAUUUGAUCCAGCUUCGUAUUUAAUAGGACCAGAUGAAGAUCUUUCCCGAAAGUUGUCUGCUUUACAAUUCAUAAUGCAUGCACCUAGUAAUUAUUAUUAUGAUCGUACGACGCCUUUUCCACUUCCAGACGCAAUGGAAAUUGAUGGAAAGACAAGAGGUUUUAUUUGGACUUCGCUUUCCGAACAUCAUCGAACAGCUAACUUAUAAAAUAUAAUAAAAUAUUCUUUAAUAAAUUGAAUUAAUGAAGAAUGUAA